AUUUUUUAACAGUUAUGUAUGUAAAAACAUUUAAACUAGUGUUUUUCGGACGUUUAUUCCCGGAGUCGGAUCGAAAUAAACGCUAAAUGAAAAAACUGGAUCUUGCUGUGCGCAAAGCGGGGACAAUAAUUGUCUAGUCCUUUCCUGAUCACGGCGAAUUAAUCGAAGCUGCGCGAUUUCAUUUCCAUUGUAUUACGCGACUUCCGAAGAACAUAGCUCUCACACUGAAGUGGCUCUUAAAACUAUGUUAAAAAAUUACUUGACUGAAAAAAAAGUUUCAAAGCUUUAAAUGGAAGAAUUCGACUGGAUAUCCACGAUCGAAACCAACCUUUUGCUGCUCCACGUUGGUGGAAUGUGGCCAAAGGGCGAAGGAACACACAAAUUCAAUUUGUACAGCAUUUAUGCAAUCGUGGUUACUUUAACGUUCACCUUUUAUCAUUGUUUCGCCCAAGUCUUGAACUUAUUUUUCGUCCAGGAUUUUACAAGCAUUUUACAUCCUGAUGAAUAUGCGGGCCCUUAAAGGCACUUUGAAUAAUUUGCAAAAAAAUGAAAUGUUCCAACCAAAAAAUUUGAAACAAAUCAAGAUGGUCCAGCCUAGUUUAAACGAGUGGACAACGCUGUUUCGAAUGUUUUGGUUCAGUGGUUUUGCCGCGAUGUUUUUGUUGUCCCUUUUUCCGCUAGUGGACGGUACUUAUAAAGAGUUCCGCCUGCCCUUUUUGGCCUGGUAUCCAUACGACACUAAAUCUUCACCGUUUUACGAACUUAUGUAUCUUCAUCAAGUUAUAAGCACUUACACCGUUGGCGUUGUUGAUAUCAGUGCAGAUACUCUGAUUGCUGCGUUAAAUAUGUAUGUUGGGACACAAUGUGACAUUCUUUGUGAUAAUAUAAGGGACAUUGAUGGCCCUGUUCAAGAAAUGGACGCAAAAUGGAAAAAGUGUUUUACGCAUCAUAAGGAAAUUUUGAAGUUUGCGGAACAUUGCCAGAAAUUCUUCAACUGGAUUGUGCUCACACAGUUUUGUGCAAGUGUCAUUUCCAUAGGACUGAGCAUGUUCCAGCUAACUCUGGUCGUUCCGUUAAGCAGCGAAUUUUUUAUGUUUAUUUUCUAUCUUGGUGCCAUUACGGUGGAAAUUUUUAUGUACUGCUGGUUUGGAAACGAGGUAGAACUUAAGAGCAGUAAUAUACUCUAUGCCACAUUUGAAGUAAACUGGGUUGAUGCUCCUCAAGAAGUCAAAAAAAGCAUAUUAAUUUUUGCUAUCAGAUGCCAGAAUCCCAUCAAGAUGUCAUCACUGAAUCUAUUUUAUUUAACUUUAGAAACGUUUAAAGCGAUUCUUCGAACAUCUUGGUCGUAUUUUGCUGUCCUUCGUCAAAAAAUGGAUGAUUUUAACUGGAUAUCAACAGUAAAAACAAAUCUUUUACUUCUACACAUCGGCGGGAUAUGGCCUAGAGGAGACGGAACCCACAAACUGAAUUUGUACACCAUUUAUGCAAUUUUUAUUACUUUUACAUUCACUACUUAUCACUGCUUUUCACAAAUUAUUAAUUUCUUUUUUGUGGACGAUUUGCAAGCACUGACUGAGUCAAUAUUUAUCUCACUUAUCCAGUCCAUGGCUCUAGUGAAGGCGUUCUACAUUUUGAAAAACAUGCGUAUCCUUAAAAAUAUUUUAAAGAAUUUGGAAACAAAUAAAAUGCUACAGCCACGAAAUUUAAAACAAAUCAAGAUGGUGCAACCCAGUCUAACCCAGUGGAGGUUAUUAUCACAAAUGUUUUGGAUUAGCGCAGUUUUUGCAAUGUGCUUAUUUGGUGCGUUUCCAAUCGUGGAAAGCACUUAUAAAGAGUUUAGGUUGCCUUAUUUGGCGUGGUAUCCCUUCGAUACCAAAUCAUCACCCUUUUACGAAAUCAUGUAUCUGCACCAAUUUGUCAGCAGUUACACUAUUGCUAUUGUUGAUAUCGGAGCAGACACGCUAAUUGCUGCUUUAAAUGUGUUUGUUGCCACACAAUGUGAAAUUCUGUGUGAUAAUAUCAGAAACAUCAAUGGGUCAGUGGAAGAAAUGGAUUCGAAAUGGAAAGAAUGUUUCACGCAUCAUAAGGAAAUCUUGAAGGUUGCAAGACAUUGUCAAAAAUUCUUUAACUGGAUUGUGCUCAUGCAGUUUUGUGCAAGUGUUAUUUGCAUUGGACUAACCAUGUUUCAGCUAACUUUGGUGGUUUCGUUCAGCAGUGAAUUUUUUUCGUCUCUUUUUUAUUUUGGCGCAAUCACGGUUCAAAUCUUCAUGUACUGCUGGUUUGGAAAUGAGGUAGAACUUAAGAGCAGCAAAAUAUUGUACGCCACAUUUGAAGCAAACUGGGUAGAAGCACCUCAUCAAGUUAAAAAAAAUAUAUUAAUUUUUGCUAUCAGAUGCCAGAAUCCUAUCAAAAUGUCGUCGCUGAAUGUGUUUUACUUAACUUUGGAAACAUUUAUGGCGAUCUUUCGAACUUCAUGGUCCUACUUUGCAGUACUGCGUCAAAUACAAAACAGAAUUUCCGAAGAGUAAUAAUUAUUUGUUUUUUCAUUUUUUAAACACAAAAUUAUGCUGUACUUGCUUAUCAGUCUGUAUUUACAAUGUUAUUAUAUUUGUAACUGUUUUUUUUUUAAAUGCUUAGCAUAAAAAUUAUAUCAAUGUAUAGAAAGGUUAGCACAAAAUAAAAUUUAAAGCAAAAUUUUUUCU